AUGGCGACCCGUGCCUGUCUUUCAGUUCCCCGGUCGUUCUCUUCGCAUCGCUGUUUCUCCAGCACGAGAGCGGCCGCCGCGGACGUCACCCAUGCGGUUAUUGGAGCAGGUGUUGUAGGUCUCGCAGUUGCGCGCCAGUUGGCCGCGAGGGAAGGGACAUCGACUAUUCUACUGGAGCGACAUGAUGCGCCUGGGACAGAGACGAGCAGUCGGAAUUCGGAGGUCAUUCAUGCCGGCUUAUACUACGGAGCCGACUCCCUCAAGACCAAGCUAUGUAUCGAAGGAAAACAGAUGAUGUACGACCUGUGCGCAAAACGCGGAAUUCCCCACAUUAACACCAGGAAGUGGAUCGUCGCGCAAACCGAAGAACAAUGGGAGGCAUCUCUCCGCGUCCACGAACACGCGCAGACCAUUGGCGUCCCGACACGGGUUGUGGGCCGCGACGAAGCACAAAGAAGAGAACCAGAGGUCCGCGCAGAGGCGGGUAUUGUUGAGAGUCCGACAACGGGAAUUGUCGACAGUCACUCACUGAUGACUUUCUUGCAAGGGGACCUCGAGGACCGUGGAGGUGACUGCGCGUUCCUGACGAGCGUGACGGGAAUCGAGGCGUUGAAUGGUGGUCGGAAUGGGUAUAAGAUUAUGGCUGUCUCGCCGGAUGGAGAGGAGACGAGCAUCACGGCGGAAACAUUGGUCAACAGUGCAGGGAACUCUGCGUGCUGGAUUAACAAUAUGGUUCUGCCGGAGGAGAGGCACCGGAUUCCCUACUAUGCUAAGGGCACCUAUUUCUCCUACUCUGCCUCGCAACCAAAAACGUCUGUUCUGGUGUAUCCGGCUACUUUGCCUGGUACUGGCGGUUUGGGAACCCAUCUUACAUUGGACAUGGGUGGUCGCAUUCGUUUUGGUCCUGAUGUCGAAUGGGUGGACGAUCCGACCGACCUGAGACCUAGUCCGGCGCGACUGCAGCAGGCGUUACCUGAGAUCCUAUCCUAUCUUCCUCGCGUCAACCCAGAAGCCAUUGAUCUGGAUUAUUGCGGGAUCCGGCCUAAACUGGGUCGCGGCGGCGCGGUGAAUACAGGAAAGGGUUUCCAGGACUUCAUUAUACAGGAGGAAGAGGGCUUCCCUGGGUUUAUUAACCUGCUGGGAAUUGAGAGCCCGGGGUUAACAAGCUCUCUUGCUAUUGGAAAGAUGGUCGAGGGUCUGCUGUAUAGAUAG